AUGCCGUCCCUGGUGGUUGACACCCACGCCCUCACGAAGAAGAUCGCCGAACUGGCGCGAGAGAAGCAGCUGACAAAGGCCUUGGAGGUCUUCGGGCAAUUUGAGCUCGAAGGCCUGGAGCCCAGCGUCUACACCUUCUCGAGCCUCAUCAACGUGCACGUGCGCAGCGGUGACCUCAAGGGCGCCAAAGCGGCCCUCAAGGCCAUGCGCCAGAGGAGGCUGAAGCCCAAUGUCAGCAUUUUCACCAUUCUUUUGCGGGGCUACAGCCAGGCCGGCAACCUCCGCAAAGCCCGGGGCUUGUUGGACGAGAUGCAGCGGGAGAAGGUGCAGCCCGAUGCCCGCGCCAUGAACACCUUCCUGCGGGGAUGCCUGCACCAUGGGCAGGUGGCACUGGCAAAGGAGGUCUUCAACCAGAUGGACAGCCAGUGGGGCGUCAUCCCCGACUACACCAGCCUGCGGUACAUGGCGCAGAUCCUAGGUCAGGCGCUUUGCAUCAAGGACUUGAAGCAACUGAUGCAGAAGGUGCCAGGGCAGAAGGAGCGUGCCAUGCGGGCGCCGGACGUGUGCAAGUUCUGGGCUGCUGGCAGGUGCAGCAAGGGCGUCAAUUGCACCUUCUACCACGAUCCCAGCGUCACGCCGGCCAAUGAGGAGAACUUGGAACAGGAGCGGAGGACAUCCAUAGCCACCAUGAACUUGGCGCUGGCGCAGGCGGCCGCGAUGCUGGGCCGCUUUAAGGUGUGCCAGGCAGCUCUGCAGCGUGCGGAGGAGUGCAUCGGCGAGGAUACCAGGGGUCUGUUCCAGCAGCUUAGCCAAGAGGAGCUGCGCAGAGAGGCUCAACGCAUCCGCGACUUCGCCGAGAGGGCUUUGGCGCCGGAGCUUUUGGGCCAUUUGUUCCGGACCUUCCUUUUCGGCCCUGGCCCGGAUGACCCGGCCACCCUUUGCGAGGAGCUGAUGGCUUUCGGCCUGGGCACGCAGCCAGGCCGGGAUGAGGUGCUCUCCGCGCUGCAGCGCUGCUUCAAGGGCCAGCGCAUGCGGAUUGGCCGGACGUGGGGCAGGGAGCUCGCCAAGCUGCCGCAGAAGCUGGAGAUUUGCGCGGGCAAUGGGGACUGGGUCAUUGCCCAGGCCAAGGAGGAGCACGGGGUCGCCAACUGGAUCGCUCUGGAGCUCCGCCACGACCGCGUCCACAACAUCUUCAGCCGAAUGGUCUUCGAAGAGGUGCAGAACCUUUGCCUCAUCAGGGGCGACGCAGCGCGGGUCGUGCCCUUCCUGCCACCCGGGUCUGUGUCUCACAUCUUCAUCAACUUCCCGGAGCCUCCCCACUUCUCAGGUCAUGAGGCGGAGGCCAGGAACGAGUUGCUCACCGCCGAGUUCUUCGAACAGCUCCAUGGCUUGCUUGCGGCGGAGGGCAGGAUGACCAUUCUCUCAGACAACUGGAGGUACAUCCGCCGCCUGGCGCGGGCGGUGGGCGAGCUGACCGAGGGUCCCGAGGGAUCGCCGCGCUUUGCGUCAGCUUUGGCGAAGGACGUGCGUGAGACUGUGUCUCGAGGCCCCUGCUCAGGCAGGGCAUCGACCUGA